CGGGAGCUAAGGUAGGAGGGUACGGACGGAUGCUAGUACUGUACUUCAGGCAGGGUCGUUAACUGGACGUCGGCCCUUCAAAGCCAGACCCGCUGGGCUUCGUCGCGAUUUCCCACCCGCCCCAGCCGCGCGAGAAGCUCUUGGUUGGGCCAUGGUGUCUUUUCACACAGCCUGUGUUCUCUGGGUCUCUGGUGGGUUCGUCUGCAAAGCGAGAUGGUGGAUGCGGAUGAGUGUUAUACGGAAUACUGGCAGGCCCGUUGGUCUUGGCAACAGGGCCGGCAGGAAACGUGCCGUGGAUGACCACUUCAUCCCAAGCGCAAGAGGCUGGUUAGUUCUGUAUUGGUUUAGCGCCGCCAUGCAUCUGAACACCGAUUGAGGCGGAGCCCCCCCUCCACUCUCUUCCCCUGCUGGCCCAUAGACGGGUGGGCAAAAGGUCA